GUGUGGGACGACGCUCCUUUGACAGCGACGGCCGAUUUUCUGCCACCAGCCGUGAAGAAAAAGAACAAAAAUCGCAACGGAAGCCACUAGAAAAGCAAGCAAAAGGGUGUCGCGCAGGAAAAUCGGUGAAAUUGAUCCGGAUUUUUCCUGGGAAAUUCGUUGCUAAAGUGAGUGAUUUUGUGCGAAGCGCUGAGAAGGUGUUCGAGUGAGGAGGAAUAUCUUGUUGGUUGGCAUCGGAACGUGAAAUUCAGGUGGUUUUCGACUCGUGAAAGAGCGUUUGAUUCGGGAUUCUUUCAAGCUGGCUGCCGCAACGAUGACCACCCAGCAGAGCCCCGCCAGUCUGCAGGCGGCGGCCAAUAGCGAGAAAGUCUUCCAAUGGAUCAACGAGCUGUCGAAUCCGGAAACGCGUGAAACCGCCCUGCUGGAGCUGAGCAAAAAGCGCGAAUCGGUGCCUGAUCUUGCUCCGAUGCUGUGGCACAGUUUCGGAACCACGGCGGCACUGUUGCAGGAAAUCAUCAACAUCUAUCCGUCGAUCAAUCCGGCCACUCUGACGGCUCACCAAUCGAACCGGGUCUGCAACGCGUUGGCCUUGCUGCAGUGUGUGGCGUCCCAUCCGGAGACCCGAUCCGUUUUCCUGGCGGCCCAUAUUCCGCUGUUCCUGUAUCCGUUCCUGCACACCACGUCCAAGACGCGUCCAUUCGAGUAUCUGCGGUUGACCUCGCUCGGAGUGAUCGGAGCGCUGGUGAAAACCGACGAGCAGGAAGUGAUUACCUUCCUGCUGACCACGGAGAUCAUUCCGCUGUGCUUGCGGAUAAUGGAAUCCGGCUCAGAACUGAGCAAGACGGUGGCGACGUUCAUCCUGCAGAAGAUUCUGUUGGACGAUAGCGGCCUCUCGUACAUUUGCCAUACGUACGAUCGAUUCUCCCAUGUGGCCAUUAUUCUGGGCAAGAUGGUCAUCUCCCUCUCGAAGGAACCCUCAGCAAGACUGUUGAAACACGUUGUUCGGUGCUACCUGAGACUGUCUGAUAAUCCAAGAGCUCGAGAAGCGCUCCGCCAGUGCCUGCCGGAUCAGUUGCGCGACGGAACGUUUGCUGCCUGCCUCCAGGAGGACAAAUCCACCAAACCAUGGCUGUCGCUGCUGCUCAAGAAUCUAGAGACCGUAACCGUACCUGGGGCCGACCCGCGGCAAGUCGGCAUUUCGCCACUGACUUCCUAAUAAACCACAAACAUGGCAUGCAGAGUCAACCUGAAGUUGGGAAGUUGGGUGGGUGGGAGUCGAAAUCCUGCGCGAUGCAUUGUGUUCCUGAACCAAGAGCCACGUGUGACCACCAGUCGACAAAAGGAUGAUUUACGAUUAUCAUAGAUUACAGUUUAUUGAAAAAUGCACAUCAAAAAAGCUUGCCGACGUUGGUAGAAACAUGGUACAAUUUACCAAAGUUGAUCUUUGGUGAAUUCGACCAAAAAUCUCAACACCAAAAGCGGUGAUCUAUUUUCCGUGUGUUAACUACAACAAGAUUGACUUAUUUAACUUAUUUUCCUUACCUCUUAUUUGCUUGCAAUCUUGUUAGAUCCAAAUUGUUGAAAUUGAACCGAAUAACACGUUUGAAAUUGUAAAGACUCAAAACUAGUUUCGAAGGGUAAGAAAACGAUAGCCAGCUUGGUUUAUAUCUCUAAAACAUAAGAAUGAGUACCUUAACGGUUAAAUUGUGCUAAGAUAUUAACAAAAUUGUUUUUCUUUAUUGGAAAGUAAGCACAAGAACUCAACGAACCCCUCUCGUAAAAAAAAACUUGAAUGACCAGCAUCGAUGAAUCGAAUGAAAAGUUUGAAAUGGGUCUUUUAAUGCGUUUUGUCUGUCUGUACUGGAAGGAUCUUCGUUUGUAUUUGCAUUGGAUGAAACUUGAUGCCCUUUUUAUUCGAAGUCAUGUGAGUAUUUCCAUUUUUCUCUAUUCUAUAAGCAAUCGAUUUUGUAAGACGAUAAACAGUAUAGGUACACAGAACAAACAAAAAAAAAAAAAAUACGAAUUAUUGCAAAGCACUCAGUAAGGGCGCCCAGAGUAGAUUGGUGUUUCGGAAGAAUACGAUGGAAAGAGAUGGAUAUACAAGUAGAGAUACCGGUAUCGUUAGAGAUCAGUGAUAUGUUUAAUAUAAUUAAUAAUGAAGAUAGA